GGUUUCGCCGCCUGAAUCAACCAUUUUCGCAACUUCAUCAUCAAACCUCACGAAUCACGCACUACCAACCACAAACCACCGCGCACCACAUUCGACUCCUUUCCUCCUCUAACGAAGCACUCAUCGCUUAGGAGGAAACCCAUCACAUCUACGAGAAAAGUGCAGCAUUAGACCGUGACAUAGUCGUCUCCCAACGACUGCAGCCACACACCACCUCCAGAGACCGACGAUCUCGCACGCGCGGCAAUUCGCCAUAAGCCUCAGCGGCGAGAAACGACACCCAGAAAACAACCCGCACUUUUCGGGUGCUGGGAUUUCCUUCGCCACCGCCGGCCCUGACCAAGUCUCAUCGAACAACUUUCGUACCCCUAUUCCCCUGAAGAAUCCAAAAAAAUAUUUCCAAAAUGUCAGAAGCCUACGAGCGCGAACGCCAAAACAACGCCCGUCUCGACGAGCUCUCAGCAAAGGUCUCCGCCCUCAGAGGCGUGACCGUCGACAUCUACGACAAUGCGCGCGCCCACGAGGUCAUUGACAGCACGUCCGAGACGUUCUCAUCCAUGUCGACCCAGCUCAAGGGCUCCGCCGGCCGGUUAACCCGCAUGGCCGCCUCUGGAAACAAGGUCGCCAUCCUCAAGCUGUCAGGCAUCAUCAUUGGCAUCUUUAUCGUCCUUUACUACAUCGCCAAACUGUUCUUCUAAGAAGGAGGAACACAAAACAGACCACUUUUUACGACAAGCAGGCAGAGAACUGCGUAGCAUGGGGGAAAUCAACGACAAGGAGAGCACAUCGGCCGCCAAGGGAGAACUGAGUUUUUCUCGUAUUUAAGCAACGGAGUAAAGGUGGAGGUCCAACCCGAUAUCGGGGCCUUGGUAUCAAACAGGAUGGGAAACAAACAUAACGGAAGUAUUCUGAUAUAUGACGGGCGAGGAUGUUCAAAUACCCUGCGCAUGGAAUCGGAGUUUGGGGGGUAGCACGGCGGCGACUGAUUGUAUCAACACUAGCAGCAAACUGAUUGAGCAAGGCGUACACUUUGUUUUUACGUUUUGAGAUUUGGAGGUC